AUCACACACAUCUCAAAACUUCAGCAGUGGGUAACUCGGAGGCUAUACAGUAACAGUUGUGUCGCUGUGAAAAGACGUAAUCAGUGAAUUGCUAUCCCGAAAACAGAUGAUGUCGUUACCUUGCGUUGUCGUGCUGGUGCUUGCUGGUGUCGGGCAUGCGACUUCUGAGUCACGUAGAUACAUAGAUUUGACCCACGAUCUGGACAAGGAUGCUGUCUUCUGGCCUGGUGUUCCCUCACUGAAUCUAACCAACCUCCAGAAGGGCAGGAUGCCUGGAGGGUUCUGGCUGGAGUAUAAUGUGUUUAGCGUCGGGGAACAUGGUGGCACACAUAUGGAUGCUCCAGCUCACUUCUCAGAGAACGGCUGGCACACGUCAGACAUCCCUUUACACCGUCUGAUGGGCCCGGGGGUGGUCGUGGACAUAUCCGAGAGAGCCAAGAACAACCCAGACGCCCAGCUGACCGUCGAGGACUUGCAGAAAUGGGAAGAGAUGUAUGGCAAAAUUCCAAGCAACGCGUGGGUGUUAUUGAAUUCAGGCUGGACCAAGAAAUGGAAAGACAGGGCGGCAUUCUUCGGAUCUGACAACACCGAAGAUUCCUCAACUUUCCAUUUUCCGUCGAUCAGCGGCGAUGCCGCUAGGUGGUUGUGGGAAAACCGACCGUACAUCACAGGGGUUGGGCUAGACACGGCUUCGAUAGAUUCCGGACCGUCACGGGAGUAUCCGGCCCAUCGCGCUCUUCUUCCAAACAGGCGUAUUGGACUCGAGAAUGUCGCAAAUCUUGACCAACUUCCGCCGGCUGGCGCCAUGAUCUACGCUAUCCCGCUCAAACUGAAAGACGGAACUGGCGGUCCAAUGAGAUUGUUUGCGGUGGUCGGGGACGGAAGUUCCUGUGCAGCGGCCUUCAGACUUAAUCUAAUGUUUGUCGUCUCUCUUUAUCUAGCUUACCUAUUUCUACGUUAGUGGAUUUUGUUUUCAUUUUUUUAUUCUUAUUUUUUAAGUUUUUAAAAUUUGUAUGUUCAUUUAACUUUGAAAGUACCAAGAUACAUCAUGGCGUCCGGAGUUGUGAAUAUGGUCCACAGUUGCUAUAGUA